UUUCCUUUUCAACUAAAAUGGAUGAUUAAUGACAUGAUGGAAAUUACAUUUGUCUGGCUGUCUGGGAAAAAUGACAAAAAUAGUACAAAUGCAGCCAUUAUCAGAUAUUGUUUCUAGACAAAUCAAAGACAAUUAAAAUACUGGUAAAAUGGUGUUUGAAUAAGUUUAAUAGGGCCAAAGUGCCCAAAGUUGCAGAAUCACCCAUUUAUGUAACAUUGUCUGGAUCCGAGUUCUUUGACCAGAUUUGUGGUUGAAAAUCUUUUUAACACAGGUACUAUGAAAUGGAACCACAGUCCAAACGCAUCAAAUAAUAUGAGUGUGACAUAGACUCCUGGGUCGCUUAUCCUGUGCUGUCCAAUGUUCACUCACAUGACGCUGAGCUAAUCGAGGCCUUUGCAGCUCCCAUCGUCAACAAGAAAGAAACCUCUCGUUUGAUAAAGGAGUUAGCCACAGUGUACCCGUUAUCUGGACUGACGCACAUCAAGAGAGUACGGGCAUGCAAGGAUAAGGGCAAACCUCACCCUCUGGAGAUCAUUGUAUGCCUUGCCAGUGAUGCACCAGACAUUGACUGCAGUAAGGACAUGCACAUAUCUGAUCUGUCGUCCUCAGGUAGAAUAAACUGUGGAAGUCUAGGACCUUUCCUGGUCAAGACACCAGCAUGCCCUCCUUUGACCAGAUCAAAGUUUGAGCAGGCCAAGAAACACUGCCCCACCUCCUAUGAGGACAAGCAAGUGACGGUGGCACUAAAAGGCCAGCUGUUCACCUCCUCUAUGAAAGCCAAGAUGCAGGACUACAUGAUGGCUGCUGUGGCUGCAGCAAGAGCAGGGCAGGAAGGCAUGGAGGCUGUGGGGGCUGCAGUCGUUGAGCCAGAGAGGAUUGUUGCUGUGGGACAUGACUGCUGGAAAGGCGUUCACCCACUUAAUCACGCUGUCAUGGUCUGCAUUGACCUUGUGGCACGUGGGCAGUGUGGUGGGGCCUACACCUAUGAUAAGUACCCCGCCUGCCAGUUUGUUUUGCCCGACUCCUCACCCUCUGAAAUACAUAGCGCCACCACCAUGCCAACCUGUAGGGUCCUGCGGGACAAGGUCACUGCAGAGGAGAGCAGUCAGCCGUACAUCUGCACCGGGAACAACCUGUAUGUAACUCGAGAGCCUUGUAUUAUUUGUGCCAUGCUGCUAGUCCAGUCCAGGAUAGGCAGUCUUCUAUGGAACAGCCUCUACCGAUUUGGGACUAAAUAUAAAAUCGAUGCUCAGACAUAUUUGACUCACCGCUUUGAGGUUUUCAAAGGAGUCUUGGGCCAACAGUACCAAAAUGAAUUCCGAAGGUUCACAUAA